AUGGCUGGAGCUGCCGAGUAUGUUUGGGGCAUGGUGAUCAUUGGAACCCAACGCCUCCAGAACUACUUGCAGCUGAGCGAGGGAGUGAUGACAUGCACGAUCGCUGACAAGGACUUCGAACAUGUGCCACCAAGGCAGGUGGAGAGAUUGGAGGCCCAGGAGGAUAUCUUCAUCCUUGGCAACGGGUAUCCAGCCGUGCGCUACUUGCUGGUGUGCCGCAGCGACAAUGGGCAGUCGGUCCUUUUCCGGGGACCGCAGUCGACGGCAGAUUGCAUCUACUGCAAGAAGAUGCCGCUGAAAACAGUGGUCAUUAAGCUGACCGCCCACUUGGAAACUCGCCCUGAAUGGGACCAGCCCUUGGCGUGCAUAGCUGUAUAG